UGCAGGUACUCGUGGUCAAAUUUUACUAAUGAAUCCAUUACCUUCUGUGAGACAGGCCUAUGCUUCAGUAACUCAGGAAGAGAAGCAGCGAGAACUUGGCGUUGCUGCCCUUGCUCCAUCCAAUGCAGCAGCAAUGGCCAUUCGUAACUAUCCCAGGCCAGGAUUGAUACCUCGUCGCAAUCCUGGCAAUCAAGGCAGCAGUUCUCGCAAUCGCACUCCAGUUCAAUGCACCUAUUGUGACAAAUUUUAUCAUAUUGAGGAGACUUGUCACAGGAAACAUGGCUUUCCACCUGGUCAUCGGCUCUAUAAACGCUAUCCACAACAAGGAAAUCGACCUCCACCACACAAUGAUGCCUCUGCUAAUCAUGUUGAUUGCACACCUUCAUUUAAGGAGCUGCAAGCCACACUUCCCAACCUGACUGAAGAUCAAUACACUCAGGUUAUUGCUGCAUUGAAUCCGAAGCCGCCAACUCCUCAGGCUAAUGCCGCUUCUGCUACAGAGUUUGCUUCAGGAUUUGGCUACGAGGAUGAUGAUUGGUGUGGGUAAGCGACGUGGAAAUUUAUACUAUCUUGUGGCGUUGUCUUCCUCCAUUCCUACCACACAUCCCUUUGCCGGUCACAUCACCAUACCAUCUGAUCUCUGGCAUCGCCGCUUGGGACACCCCUCUCCUGCUCGUUUACAAUUUCUAGCCAAGAAUUCUCUUUCUUUUGAUUUUGAUUCUAGUCAUCAAUGUGCGGUUUGUCCUUUAGCUAAACAGACCCGCCAACCUUUUCCUUCUAGUUCAAUAAAAACUUCUCGAUGUUUUUCCCUUAUUCAUUGUGAUAUUUGGGGACGUCAUAAGACUCCUUCUCUUAAUGGUGCUCAUUAUUUUUUGACUAUAGUAGAUGAUUUUUCUCGUUUUACAUGGGUUUUUCUCAUGCGUCACAAAAGUGAGACGCAGCAUUUACUUCGACAUUUUUUUGCCUAUGUUAAAACUCAAUUUAAUACCCAUGUUCAGCAAUUUCGUUCCGAUAAUGGUGCUGAAUUUCUUUCUUUACGCAACUUCUUUCAAGAUCAAGGAGUCAUUUUUCAGCAUUCUUGCGUUUACACACCUCAACAAAAUGGUGUUGUUGAGCGCAAGCACCGACACCUCCUAGAAGUUGCUCGAGCUCUUCGUUUUCAAUCUCAUUUACCUCUUCAAUUUUGGGGUGAAUGUCUUCUCACCGCUGCCUACACCAUUAAUAGGCUGCCCACUCUUUUACUUCACAAGAAAACUCCUUUUGAGGUACUUUAUAAUAAACCUCCUGAUUAUUCUCGAAUGCGUGUUUUUGGAUGUGUAGCUUUUGCUACUUCUGUCAAUCCUUCAUCAAAAUUUUCUCCACGUGCUCAUAAAUGUAUUUUCCUUGGAUAUCCGAUUGGUCAGAA